UGUUCAAUCAUUGAAAUCGAAACCAACCCAUCCAAAACUUCAUUUUUUAAUUACUAUUAUUAUUACUAAUAAUUUUUAUUUUCUCUGUAGCUCCUUACUUUCACGACGUGCUUGAAAAUCAGUGCUUGCAUAAUAAUAGCUUCAUCAUAACGCAAGCUUCAUUAUAUUCCAGUUUCUUGCAUCAUUUUUCAUGACUAGAUAGUUGAUUAGUGUUUUCAGGCUCUAGAACCUUCGCUUACCUCACUUUCUUUCUAAACCAACUACUUCUACUACUACCUUUUUUGCAUCAUUUUAUUUAUUUUUAAUUUUAAUUUACCUGUUGUGUUGACCAAUUUAUUUUACAAUCUGUGAUCGAUCGUUGCUUCCCAUGAUGAGUCAGUAAAACAACAGAUCUCUCUCUGUGUAGUGGAAUACGAGGAAGCAGUUAUUGUUUCCAUUACUGUUCAAUCACUGGUUUGUCUACAACGUUUUCUACUUUACUUUACCAUAAAUAGGUUUUGGAAAAAAAAUGCUGGUUUCUAAUGAAGAAGAGAAGAUUCUGUUAACUGAGGUUUCAAAAUCACUCUCAUUGGAUUUGAACUCAGACUCAGUUGAUGGGUUGUUACCGGUUUCCGCUGUUUAUACUGAUGUUGGUGUUGUGCCUGAGCACCAAAAGAACGAGCUUCAGCGCUUGAUAUCCAAUUUAGAAAGUGAAGUUGAGGAACUGAGGCUGAAGCAGAGAAUAGUUGAUGAAAAGAGGAGAGAAGCUUUGAGUAAGAUAUUGGAUAUCAAAGGGAGCAUUCGAGUGUUUUGUAGAGUUCGGUCGACAGAAAAGAGGAGAAAUUCUGAAUCUGUAUCAGUUUUAUCAGAGAGAAUUCAUGUUAAGUUGGGAGGAACAAGGAAAGAUUUUGAGUUUGAUAAAGUUUUUCCUCAAGAAGCAAGCCAAGAAAGUGUUUUUGUUGAGGUGGAGCCAAUUCUAAGAUCAGCAAUGGACGGGCACAAUGUGUGUGUUUUCGCUUAUGGUCAAACAGGCACAGGCAAGACAUUCACCAUGGAUGGUACAAAUGAGCUACCAGGGAUCAUUCCUCGUGCACUCGAAGAGCUCUUUUGUCAAGCCUCGAUGGAUAGUUCAUCUUCAUUUACUUUUUCAAUGAGUAUGUUGGAAGUUUACAUGGGCAAUGUCAGGGAUCUGCUGGCUCCAAGACAGUCUUCUAGAUCAUAUGAACCUAUGACAAAAUGCAAUCUCAACAUCCAAACAGAUCCAAAGGGAUUGGUGGAAAUUGAGGGUCUCUCAGAAGUGCAAAUUUCAGAUUAUGCUAAAGCCAGAUGGUGGUACAACAAAGGAAGACGGUUCAGAUCGACCUCGUGGACUAAUGUAAAUGAGGCAUCUAGCAGGUCACACUGCUUGACAAGGAUAAGCAUAUUUAGACGCGGGGAUGCUUCGCAAGCCAAAACCGAAACAAGUAAGUUGUGGAUGGUUGAUCUUGGAGGCAGCGAACGGUUGCUAAAAACUGGGGCAAGUGGACUAACACUUGAUGAAGGCCGAGCUAUUAAUCUUUCUCUUUCAGCUCUAGCUGAUGUCCUUGCAGCUUUGAAGAGAAAGAGGUGUCAUGUGCCUUACAGAAAUAGCAAGCUGACCCAACUACUGCGAGAUUCUCUCGGGGAUGGCUCAAAGGUGUUGAUGCUAGUGCAUAUUAGCUCAUCCGAAGAAGAUGUUUGUGAGACAAUUUGUUCUUUAAACUUUGCAAAGAGAGCAAGAGCGAUAGAGUCCAAUAAAGAAGUACCAGUGGAAUUGAAGAAGCAAAGGGAUAAGAAGAUUAUCGAGCUCGACGAAGACAUUAAGGAAGCUGAAAAGCAACGUCAGAGUUUAAAGGAUCAAAUACAGAAUACCGAGUUAAAGUUAAGCGAAAAUAAAAAGCUCUUUUCAACUACAUUUAGUCUUCUUGAAAGUGAUGAUGACUUGGUAGCCUCUACUAGUCCCAAAGAUGAUUUCAAAGAGGUCACUGAAACUCCUAAAACAUCUAAGAAGCCUAUUGAAAGAAGUGUAUCUAACUCAGUGCCUCGAUUCAUGAAUUCAACGGUUGCUAGUCGGCAUAGGCAAAUUGCUGCUGAACAAGAAAUUAGUGGGAGGUUAAAAAGUUUAAGAGCAUCAGUAGUCACCAGAAGUUCAAUCCAGUUUCCUUGUUCACAAUCAUUAAGUUAUUCGGAUAUUCGCGUCAAAGCGAUACUGAGAAGUUCAACUGGAAAAUCUAGGCAUGCUGAAACAAAUAAUGUUUCAAACACCAUUCUGACAGAAAGGCCUAAAUGCAAUGAAUUGGAAUCAAAAGUCAUAACUCCUAGAAGUACAAUGAUUACAUCGUCGGAUUCAAAUUUGAGAGUAAAAUUGUGUCAUCAUCGAAGAAGGAUGUCCGAUCUGAUCUAAAGGUUACAAUGCAUCUUAAAUUGCUAAUGUCAUUAAGUAGUUGAGUUGAACUCCUUUCACCUGUUUUUAACAAACUGUAGCCAAAGUGUUAAUAUAUUAAUUUGCGUGUUUUUUGUGUGUUUGAAGUUAGAAUUUGUAGUUUUUAACUUUAAA